AUGGGUCUUCUGCGAGGAUCUGAUAGUCACCAACACUACCGCUGCCCACUCCGCUUCUCAAGAGCCAGGGCUGGCUACCUAUUGUUGUUUGUGCCACUCCUCAUGGUCUCUCCACUGUCUCAAGUGAGACAGAACUACCACCGCGACUGCGAGGCCACUGUCAACAGCCAUAUCCAACUGCAACUCCAAACCUCCUUCCUCUACCUGUCCAUGGCUUUCUGCUGUGAUCAUGAAGAUGUGGGCCUAAAGAACUCCACCAGCUUCUUCCUGAACAAGUCGCAAGAGUGUACUGCGAAUGCUGAGAUGUCCCUCACACUGCGAAACCGGCGCGGUGGUAUCUCUCUCCGCACCGUCAGCAAGCCAGACUGCAACGAUUGGAUUGGCAGCUUUCCAACCAUAGAAUGUGCUUCCCAACUGGAGCUGGCCCUUAACCAAAGCCUUGCAGCCCUGCACAAGUUAGCCAUCAGCAAUAGUGAUGCCCAUUUAUCUGGCUUCCUGCAGAACCAUUUCCUGCAAAAGCAAGUUGAAGUCCUGAAGGAGAUAAGCAGCUACUUGACCAGUAUGCACCAGAUGGGGUCUCUAAAUAAUGCCAUGGCUGAGGAUUUACUUGACAAACUUACCCUGGCCAAUGCUAACAAAGAGAACUGA